AUGGCAGAGAGCCAAGAAAGCUCUGGAGCUCAAGGUGUCCGAUGUGUCCGGCUCCACGUGCGGCGCCUCAGCGGUGAGCGUGUCGUGCUCCAGGCGCCGGUGAGCUGGAGCGUUGCGCAGCUCCGCGCAGCUUUGGCCAGCGCCUUGCCCGAGAGGGAGCAGCGCCUUGUCUUCGAAGGCCGAGAGCUCAAGAGCCACGACAGUAUCGGCGAUCUCCCUUGCAACGAUGAGGCGAUCGAGCUGACACUCAUCAGGCGGCCUCCUUUGCAGGCAUCCUGGCUGGAGCGCGUCCAGGCCUCUGCAGAUCAGCUCAGGAAAGCCCCGAGAUCGAUUCGCUCCGACCGGGAGGUUGUUCUGUGUGCCGUGAGCCAGCGUGGAGAUUUGCUGGAAGUGGCGUCGGAGGCACUCCGGGCAGAUGAGGAGGUUGUGCUGGCCGCGCUGCGCUGGGACGCACAGGUCCUGGCUUUCGCUGCACCGGUUCUACUCGAAAGCCGGGGCUUUGCUCUGCGUGCUGUUGCUUCCGACGGCCGUGCCCUGGAGUUUUUGAGCGACACCUUCAGAGAAGACCGAGAGGUGGUCCUUGCUGCUGUCAGUCAGUAUGGCUUCAUGCUCGGUCAUGCCGGUGAUGCUCUCCGAGCAGACAAACAAGUGGUUCUGGCAACUGUCAGACAAACAGGAAUUGCAUUGCAGUGUGCGGCCAAGGAGAUGUAUGCAGACAGGGAGGUUGUUGUGGAGGCUGUCAGGCAGAAUGGAUUGGCCUUGGAGUUUGCAUGUGACGAGCUCCGAGCCGAUCGGGAAGUGGUCCUGACCGCUGUUUGUCAGGAUGGCCUGGCACUGGCAUUGGCUGCAUCGAUGCUGCGAGGCGAUCGCGAGGUGGUGCUCGAAGCAGUCAGCAGGCAGGGCAGGAUGUUGGAGUUCGCGUCCGAAGAGCUUCAGGCAGACCGCGACGUAGUGCUCACAGCCGUGAGGACCUCCGGCAUGGCGUUGAGAUUUGCAUCGGAGCUACUGCGGUGUGACCGCGAGAUUGUGCUCACUGCUGUGAUGCAGAAUGGCAAUAUGCUGGAGCAAGCCGCGCUGCCUCUCAGGAGGGACAGGGAGGUAGUACUGGGCGCUUUGAAUGCAGCGGGCCGAACGCUGCUUUAUGCCGCCGUUGAUCUCAAGGCCGGCGUGGAUGUUCUCCUCCAGCUCAUUGAGUGCCACGGCUCUGUUCUGAGCUGCGCCGCGUUGCGCUCUGACGAAGAGGUGCAAAGCCUUGCAAGGUGCAACAUUGAGAGAACGCUCACCGAGGGUGCAAUCGAGUUGCGUGAGGAUCCCGAAGUCCUGAUGGCAAUGGUGAAGCAGCACAGCAACAUUCUGAACUUUGCAUCGCCGAACAUGAGGGCACACAAAGAACUUGUGCUCUGCGCGGUGCGGCAGAAUGGCCUCGCCUUGAAGUUGGCCGCUGAGGAGCUGCGGGACGAUCCAGAAGUCGUAUGUGCGGCUGUCUCACAAAAUGGUUUGGCUUUGGAGUUUGCCAGCGAGGCUCUUCGUGCUGACAGAGAGACCGUCAAGUGUGCACUUCAUCAAGAUGGCCAGGCGUUGCAAUAUGCAGCGGAGACUCUGAGAAAAGACCGUGAGUUGGUUAUGGCUGCAGUAGAGGAGGAUGUUCUCUCCUCGCGCUUCGCAGCACCUGUGUAUCCCCCGGACCAUUUCGUGAUUGUAGCGGAAAGCUGGGAAGACGAUGCGUCAAAAAAUGUGGUGGCGAAGAAGGCGGCCGAUGACAAGAAGGAUGCAUCAGCGAGCUGCGCACUCCGAACAGCAGCAAAUGGAGCAGAGAAGGACGUGAUCGUAUCUGGUGACAGUCCUGUUGGACAGACGCACACCUGGAGCAGCAGGAGCGCGCCGCAGAUUUUUUCGGAUGGGGGCGAGGUUCCGCUUGACAAGGCGUUCGCUGAGCUCGCUGUGGGUAAGCUUGAGCUGGAGGAAGGUGAAUUGAGCGACGAUGGCCCGGAUCCAACUGCGCAUGCGGGCAACCUGCCGGAAGUGUCACAGAAUUCCGACUCUGAUGGGGAGGUUGAGGAAGAGGAGGAGGAAAUGGAGGAAGGCGAGAUAGUGGAGAAGAGCUCUACAGGUGCGGAGCCUGGGGAGAUGGAUGGCCCCGAGGAGGACGGAGGACUUGAAGGUCUCGAGGGAGCGGGCGACACCGAGACAGAGGAGGCAGAGCCGAGCUCCGAUGGAGAAGUUCAGGAUGAGAAGGAGUCGAGUGAGGAUGAGCCAGAGGAGGCUCAACAGGACAAGCAGGACCAGGACGAGAGCGGGGCAGAGACAGAAGAUGAGGUGGGAAGCGAGAACGACAGCAAGCAAAAUCAAGCAGGGGACGGAUCCGUGCAGAAGGUGGUUGAGGAAACGGAAAGUGCUGGUGAGAACGAAUCAACUUCCGACGGUGAGCUCAACGCCAAGGACCAGGAUGAGGACGGCGAGGAGGACGAGGAGAAGGAGAAGAGAGUGCCAAACUCUGUGCGCACGCCCAGUGAGCCGCCACCCAGAAGGUCGGUGGAAGCAUGUCGCCAAAGAUCUCGUCGCAGAGCAGCGGGCACCCGGAAUACUUCGAGACGGCACACCCCACCACGAGCUCGCAGCCGUAGCGCUCGGCGUCCUAGUGUGCGCGUGGCCAAUCGCAAGAAGCUCCCCAGGCGUUCGGAGUGGGCCGGCACCCGCAUCGAGCUGGGCUUGUCGUCGCGCGGCCGGAGAUCACCGAGCUCGAGCCGAAAGCGGAGGAGGAGAAGGAGCAGCACGGCUCCUCGGACCCCGCGGACGCUUGAAGUGCCGAAGGAAAGGCGAACCAACUUGAGGCUGCGAGCGGCCCAAGGCCAAAGCAAGUGGGAUGUAAGGCCAGAUCCUACGAAUCCUGACCAGCAGCCAAUGAAGCUCUUGCUGGAUCCCACGGCCAAUGGUAAGAAGCGUCGGGAAUGCUAUGUCGGCAAUCUCCCGCAGCACAAGGUUGACGUGCAGACGCUGCGACAAGCCUUCAAUCGCCUCUUCUUGGCCCUUCCCAGCUUUGUGGAAAGAUACCCAGACAUCUCGGAUGUUGUGCGCGCUCUCUACUUUCCUCCGAGGGGUGACGGGAUGUUUGCAUUUGUGGAGUUUGUAGACGACGUCAUUACCACAACCGCUGUGCAGAUGAGCGGGUUCGAGUUGGAGCACAGGGCCAUCAAAAUUGGACGACCGCAGAACUACACACCCCCUCAGAACGGUGAGUUGCCCGCGCUUGACGUGCAGCCACUUCGUGAUAGGGGGCUCUUGCCUCCAUCCUUCGAAGAUGAGCGAGUUGGAGUCGCCAAUGUCCUGCGUGAAGUCUACUUCGGCAAUCUGGCAUGCGGAAUGGUGGACGUGGAGGUGAUGCGUGAGCUGCUUCAGCCAGCAGCCGUGGAAGUUCCAGAAUAUGAUCCAGAGUUGGGGCCUCCAAUUGGGAAGGUCACCAUUGCACCAACCGGAAACUACUGCUUUGUUCAGUUCCAGAGUGCUGCUGUUGCCACCCGCAUGAUCUCAAUCUUUGAUGAGACAGAGCUCUUUGGUCGAAGGAUCCGGGUUGGGCGUCCCAGCAAGUAUGCAACGACAGUCAAUGAAUGCCAACUCUCGUUGCCACCACCAUCACCUCCGCCUGCCGCGCCGGUAUCUGCGCCUCCCCUUCCGCCCGUUCCACUGGCUCCACAUUAUCUGGUGCAGGCUGCCAAUGCGGAACUGGUGGCUGAAUUGGCAUCAGGUCGCUGA